GUCCACUACACUGCCAACCCUUCGAACAGCUCUAACCGAUCCUGACAAAUCGUGACAGCUACAUAACACUGGGGCCACAGCAAACACCGCGGACAGCUCCGUUGUGCAUGCCGAGAGGAUGGAGACUGUUAUAAAAAGCCCGCAUGGACCGUCUCUGCACCGGAGAUUCACCACGACAGCCUGAGUCACAGCAUGGAUAACCGAUUCCUCUUUCCGCACAGAAACUCUCAAGAUGAGUAUUUACAGUACAAGCCAAAACGUUCGGCAUUAGAUGCCAGCGUCGUGUCCACGGGCAUGAAUUUGACUAAAUCUGGGCAGUUUAAUGAGAAAGAAUUGAUGCAUGGCUUGAACGAUCGUCUUGCAGGAUUCAUUGAGAAGGUGCACCAUCUGGAGUACCAGAAUCAACUGCUGGAGAGAGAAAUCGGGGAGAUCAGAGGUAAAGCGAAACCCGCAUCUGGUCUGGAAAAAGAGUAUGGACCAGAGCUCAGGAAACUGAGACAGCUGGUUCAGGACAUUACUCAUCAGAAGCAUCAGAUUGAAAUCGAACAUCAGAAUUUAGAGGAAGAAGUGUCCAACCUGAGAAGGCAAAAUGAACAGGAGGCGCGUAGCAGAUCGGAUGCAGAGAGCAACAUUGUGCUCCUCAACAAGGACAUCAAUGACGCGUAUCAGGCUAAACUACAGCUGGACAAGAAAGCACAGGCUCUCGUGGAUGAAAUCCACUUCCUGAAGAGAAACCAUGAGGCCGAGGUGUCAGAGAUGUCUGUACAAAUCCAGGGCGCGCAGGUGACUGUCAAGGCGCAUGAAUUUGGCAACCCUAGCGUCACUGCGGCACUGCGGGACAUCAGGGCACAACUGGAAGGCCACACCGUGUCCGACGUCCAACAAAUGGGAGAAACUUUCCGAUCUCAGUUUGCAAGAUUAACGGAGGCAGCUGAGAGCAAGAGAGCUGCGUUAAAAGCGACCCAGCAAGAAAUCCAGGAGCACAGGAGGCGCCUGCAGGCCAAGAACAUCGAACUGGACUGCGCUAAAGGCACCAGGGAAGCGCUGGAGAAGCAACUUCAUGACGUUGAGGAUCGCCACAAGGAAGAAAUGAUUCAUUACCAGAACACAAUCAAAGAACUUGAAAAUGAGCUCAUAAAUUGCAAAUUCGAUAUGUCUGGUUACCUGCGGGAAUACCAGGACCUGUUAAAUGUGAAGAUGGCUUUGGAUGUGGAGAUAAUGUCUUACAGGAAACUUCUCUGCGGUGAGGAGGCUCGGUUAUCUGCAAUGUCAGACAGCCACGUCUCCCUGCCCUACAUCUACCACCAGUCCCCCGUUUACACCCUGCCCUGCCUCAGCCGCCCGGGAGGCUCGCACAGACGAGCUGAGCCCCAGUACAAGUUCGUAGAGGAGAUCAUAACGGAGACCACCAGGGAAAUUGAGAUGUCAGAGUUUGAAGAGACAGGAUCGGAGGAGACAGAGGUGGAAAAAGAUGAGCAGGAGUGUGCCAAAAGAGAUAGAGGGGGCAGUGAGGAAGAGAAUGAUAAUAAAGACAGUCGAGAGGACGAAGGUGAGCAGAUGUCUCAUAGUGAGCAGAAUCAAGUAGCGCCAGUAGGAAAUUUAGUUAACGGAGGUGAUGAUGGCAGUCCUGGUGAGGUGGAUAAUAGUGAAAAAGGACAAAAAGGCAAAGAAGAGUCAGAGGAGGCGGAAGCAGCUGGCAAUGAAAGGGACAGUGACAUAGAUAGAAAUACUCAAAGCAAAGUUUUAUUGAGUGAGAGCCUUGAUGAGGAAGGAAAUGGACAUCAAAAAGUAGGUGAAAACACAUUAGAAGAGAAAGAAGCUCCAGUAACAAUGGUAGCAGUUGACAAAGAUCUCUCUUCAAAACCACAUGAGGUAAAGCCAGAGGUCCCUGUGGAGGAUGAACUUUUGAGAAAAUCUGACGAGGGUAAAAACGGAGAUGCUGAGAAAGAUAGUUUUAUCUCAGCUCAAGUGAAGAAGCCUGUUGACGAGACCACGGCCCAAGUGUCAAAAGAAUCAGACAAAACUCAAGAGCUAAGCAGUGUUCAAGUGCAAGACAAAGUUCCUGCUUUAGAAAUAACACAUUUUAUAGGAGAGACAAAAAGCACUCUGUCCGUAGAGACAGAGGAGCUUUCAGAAAAGGCUCAAGUAUCACUCAAGAGUGAGGAAAAGGAGAACAGCCAUAAAGAGCCAAAGGAAAUCAGUAAAUCUGAAGCUGCAAAAGAUGAGGAUGAAGUAGCAAAAGGCAUUCAAGAAGCUAGACAUGAUAGAAAUACAGGUAAAGACAAAGAGUGUUCUCUUACAUCUGAUGUUAAAAGUCUUCCUGAGGAGAAAGAUCAAAAGCCAAACAGUGGGGAAAAUCCCAAAACUGUCUUACCAAGGGAAAAGACAACUGUCAAUGCAGAAAUCAAAGAGCUGCAUCAGGGGCCAGCAGAAGGAAGCCAGGAUCAGAAAUCAAAGCUGUCUGACGUUUCAGAGAAAAUAAAGGAUCCUCAAGAUAAAACUGAGGUGGAGAGUAGUAAGUCAGAGAAAUAAGAGGGAAGUGCAGUAAAAGCCAAGAAGAGGGAAUAUCUGCUGAGGUAUAGGAAGCGAGAAGAUAUUUCCACCUUAAAUUUAAUGAGACAGCAGUUGAGAGGCAUUCACAUAAAUAUACAUAUCAGGGAUGGUGAAGCUGAAAGUUUAAAAGUAAAUGGCUUAACUAAUGCAGAUGCAAAUUCAAAGCAUAAGCUGAGCCAAGCAAAGAGAAGCAAGCUGUAAUUUCUCUUCAGAAUGACCAUUUGAAAAGGAGAGCAUGAUUCUUUUAAUGUUCGCAAACAGCUUUGCCUUUGAUCGUUUGACUCACCACUUAACUCAUGUAA